AUCAUGCUAUUUGUUUGGUUCCAAUGCAGAAAGGCAGUACCGCUCCUGCUUCAAAGUCACGGAUUCCUCAGAUUGUUUCCAAUACCCUGGGUUUUGGCCAGAAAAAUGAUGCCACGGUGGACAUACCGUUAGAUACAGUGAAUGACCCAAGGAAAAAAGAGAGAGAACUUUCAACUUGGGAAGCAGAUUUGAACAGGAGAGAAAGGGAUAUUAAACGUAGAGAAGAUGCUGUUGCCAGUGCUGGUGUUCCUGCGGAUGACAAAAAUUGGCCCCCAUUUUUCCCAAUUAUUCAUCAUGAUAUAGCCAAUGAGAUACCAGUUCAUGCUCAAAGGUUGCAGUAUCUGGCUUUUGCCAGUUGGUUAGGUAUCGUUCUUUGCCUUGUCUUCAAUGUUGUUGCUAUCACGGUGGCGUGGAUAAGAGGCGGUGGGGUCAAGAUUUUUUUCCUUGCAAUAAUCUAUGCUCUUAUGGGAUGCCCCCUUUCAUAUGUUCUAUGGUACAGGCCUUUGUAUCGUGCAAUGAGGACUGACAGUGCACUUAAAUUUAGCUGGUUUUUCCUUUUCUACUUGCUCCACAUCGGUUUCUGCAUAUUUGCUGCAAUUGCGCCUCCAAUUGUCUUUCAUGGGAAAUCGUUAACGUGAGAUCUCCCUCCAUCUUUUUAACCUGGAAAAAUGAAUUU